CACUAAAUAUAGAAGGUUUGGAUGUCUUGGAAAUACCUGGUGGAACGACUAAUGUUUUGCAGCCACCUGAUGUUUCAGAAUUUACUACAAAAGGAAACCGCAAAAAAGCUUCAUAUGAACUUGUUUGUGAAUGGGUAUCUGAAACAUGGAAAGAAAUUAGUUCAAAUGUUUUAGUCAAAUCUUUUGAAUCAACUGGUCUUACUUUGAAUCCUGAUGGUAGCGAAGAUCACAAGAUGUCACAUCGUCUCCAAGCAAUUAUCGAAAACCGUCUAGAUGAUAUUGAUAAAGAUGAAGAAAGUAUAUGUUUAGAGGAUGAAGAGAAUAAAAAUAUAAUGGAUAUGGAUAUGGAUGAUAUAGAUAUGAAUAGCAUGAAUGUAGACAAUGAUAUGGAUGAUAUAGAUAUAAAUGGUAUGAAUAUAGACGAUGAUAUGGAUAAUAAUAUGGUAUAUAAUAAAAAUUCAACGAAUAGCGAGGAUAUAAUGAAUAAGUACAUAACAGAUAAAGAGUAUAAUA